AGAAUGGAAGGGCCAAACACAACGACAUAGAAUUAGGUGCUUUAAGACAAUCCUUCUUGCCUUCUUUGACACCCUAAUCUUCCUUGUAUAUCAAGGGUUAAGUCUAUGGAAACUUUAAGGGAGAGAUAUAGAGUUCUUUUAGGUACAUUAAACACUUUUACAGUGAGAAUUGUUGCCUUCUUUGGUGUUUUCUCUCACUGUCACAGUUCAUAUUUGUAAUGAAGAACUUUCUGAUUUAGAUGGACGAUCUAAAAUAAGAUGAAGACAAAAUCUCAGCUUUUUUAUGGUGCGGUCGCCAGCAACUCUUGCUUUGCUGAACUGAAGAAGAACAUGACAUUACUGGGUUUUUUUUUUUUUUUUUCUUUGGUUUUGUUGUUUUCCUGAUAUUUUGUUUUCUAAUUAGAUUUUAUUUUAGGGGCUCAGCAUCGCAUCUUCGCUUCAUCGGACGUAGCCACUCCAAAAUCCAAAUCCUCGAGCAAAACCUCCAAAACCCCUACGGCCGCCACCGAUGGCGGUGAUAGCCGCUGCAUCCGCCGCAUUCUCGGCCAUUUUCUCGUCCCCCAAGCUUGCCCGUCCCUCCUCUCUCACUCGCACUGCCCGCCACCUCCGGACUAUCACCGCCUCGGCCACUGAGUUCAACAUCACUUUCGCGCCCAACAAAUCCAGGCCUCCAAGCCCCCGGCCGGACUCUUUCGAGGAGCUAGGGCAGCACCAACUCUUCAUCCCAUGGAUCAUCCGGGACGAGAACGGCAACCUCACCCUCCAAACCACCCCUCCCGCGCGUUUUCUCCACGCCAUGGCUGACGCCAAGACUCUGCCCACCAAGAAGAAGAAGAAGAAGAAGGAGACCAGAGUGGGUGCCGCGGCGGCUGAGCCCAAGCACUCGAAGGCGGCUCGGAGGUUCUACAAUGAGAAUUUUAGGGAUCCGCCGCAGCGGCUCAGUAAGGUUCUCGCUGCCGCUGGAGUGGCAUCCAGACGAGGUAGUGAAGAGCUUAUUUUUGAAGGGAGGGUGACUGUUAAUGGUUCUGUAUGCAACACCCCUCAGACUAAAGUUAAUCCCGCACAGGAUGUGAUUUAUGUUGAUGGAAACCGCCUUCCUAAGAAAUUGCCUCCUAAGGUCUAUCUAGCUCUGAACAAACCAAAAGGGUAUAUAUGCUCUUCUGGGGACAAAGAGACUAAAUCAGUAAUGUCUCUGUUUGAUGAUUAUCUGAAGAGUUGGGAUAAAAGGAAUCCGGGACAGCCAAAACCAAGGUUAUUUACAGUUGGCCGCCUUGAUGUUGCCACAACUGGGCUGAUUAUUGUGACAAAUGAUGGGGAGUUUGCACAAACACUAUCGCAUCCUUCUUCUAAGUUAUCAAAAGAAUACAUUGCAACAAUAGAUGGUGCAGUCAAGAAGCGACACCUAGUAGCAAUCAGUGAGGGAACAGUCAUUCAAGGGAUCCAUUGUACCCCAGAUUCUGUAGAGCUGCUACCACAACAGCCAGAUAUAUCAAGACCCCGACUUCGUAUUGUGGUUCAUGAGGGUAGAAACCAUGAGGUUCGGGAACUAGUAAAAAAUGCCGGACUGGAGAUUCAUUCAUUGAAGCGCAUACGCAUAGGUGCUUUCAGGCUUCCAUCUGAUCUUGUGCUUGGCAAACAUAUUGAACUAAAACAGUCUAAUCUGAAGGCUCUUGGCUGGAAGAGUUGAACCAUUGAUUCUAAUGGACUUGAAGCUCAACUUAUGCGUGCUCUCUGUAAUUCAGCUUGAAGAAGUAUCUGAUGAUAUCUUGUGGGGCAAAAUCCACCGAUUAUUUGUUAAUGUGUUUAUAUGUUGCUAUACUUGUACACAUACAUGAGUUCUACAUAGAAUUCAUUAGAUCAAAUGGCAUCCCGACUCUUCACGGUGGGAUAAAGGUUAAAUAUGUUAUUGUUUUUAUGUAUAAGCAGAUAACAUGAGUCUCGUGUAUUUAUACAUAGAGAUUAGAAGAAAGGUGGGAAGGGUUGGGGCUUCUUGGCUUUG